AUGGAUGAAGAUCAAGAGAUGGAGAAAUUCGGAAUGGAGAAUGAUUUUGAAGGUGGUAGAUGGAAAGGUGGUGAGUUCUACUACCGAACGCGUAAAGAGAAACGAACUCAAACCAAAGAUGAAGUUCUCUAUGGAGUUUUUGCUGAUUCCGAAGAUGACGACGAUGAUGAUUAUUCUAGUAGAAAGCGAAGGAAAAACCGUGAUUUAUCGAAGAAACAAGACCUCACUAAGCCGGUGAAUUUCAUUUCUACUGGAACUUUGCCUAAUCAGGAUAAGGUUGAUGAAAAUCCAAAAGAGAAUGAUGAGAAGGAUAGUUACAAUAGUGAAGAUAGGUCUGAGUUAGGAUUAGGUUUUGGGUCUGCUAGUACGUCUGGUUUAGGUUUUAAUUAUGGUCGUGGUGCUGCAAAUGGUUUUGAUAGGAAUGGUUCUGAUGAUAAUGAUAAUGAUAAUGAUAACAGUGAUGAUAAAUUUUUGCCUACUGCGUUUGGGAAGAAGCUUAAGGAGGGGGCAAUGAGGAGGGAGAAGGAGAGAUUGGAGAAGAAGAAGAAGGUGCAGAAGCAGGGGCUGGGUUUAGGUCAUGAGGGAUCUGUGGAUGUUGGGAAAUUUGAGAGUCAUACGAAGGGGAUUGGAAUGAAGCUGCUGGAGAAGAUGGGUUAUAAAGGGGGCGGUCUUGGGAAGAAUGAGCAGGGUAUUUUAAAUCCUAUUGAGGCGAAAUUGAGGGCUAAGAAUUCUGGUCUUGGAUUUAAUGAAUCAAAGGAGAAUAAAACGGCGUUGCCUGCUUUGCAGACAGAGAAGACUGUGCAGGGAGGAGCCGUGCAGCCUACAGUUGGAAGAAUGAAAGAACGGUCCUGGUUAAAGCAGAAGAAGAAAAAGAAAGAAGAGGAAGAGUAUGUUACUGCUGAGGAGUUGUUGGCGAGCAAGCAAGAAGAAGAUUCGGAGGUUGUUCAGAAGAUUUAUGAUAUGAGGGGGCCACAGGUUCGAGUGUAUACAAAUUUGUCUGAUUUGAAUGCUGAGGAGAAAGCAAAGGAAAAUGAUGUUCCAAUGCCUGAACUUCAGCAUAACAUAGCGCUAAUAGUUCGGUUGGCUGAGGCUGACAUCCAAGAGAUUGAUAGAGAUUUGAGGAAAGAGAGGGAUAUAGCACUUAGUUUGAAAAAAGAAAAAGAAAAUUUGGAAGCUGAGGCAGCAUUUCAAAAGAAACAGCUAAACAAUUCUGAGAAAAUAAUGAGUGUGCUGGACCGAGUCGGAGAAGAGAACACCUUGGGAACAUUAACGUUGGAUUCCCUUGCUCAAUGCUUUAGGGACAUGCUCAAAAGAUAUCCUGAGGACUAUAAGUUGUAUAACUUGUCAUGCAUUGCAUGCUCAUAUGCUCUACCUUUGUUUAUUAGAGUGUUCCAAGGAUGGGACCCUCUUCGAAACCCAUCACAUGGUUUGGAAUUGGUAUCACAGUGGAAGAUAUUGCUUCAAGGAGAUGAUUGUUUUGAUAUAUGGGAGACAUCAUCACCUUAUAUUCACUUGGCUUCGGAGGUUGUAUUACCAGCUGUUAGAAUAUCUGGUAUCAAUACCUGGCAUGCCCGGGAUCCUGAGCCGAUGCUACGGUUUCUGGAGUCAUGGGAAAAGUUGCUACCUUCUUCAGUUCUCGCUACUAUAUUAGACACCAUAGUCAUGCCGAAACUAUUGAGUGCUGUAAGUACUUGGGAACCACAUCUUGAGACCAUUCCUAUCCACACAUGGGUGCAUCCGUGGCUGCCUCUGCUAGGGCACAAGCUGGAGGGUAUCUACCAGACAAUUCGUUUCAAAUUGAGUACUGUUCUUGGUGCAUGGCACCCAAGUGAUGGUUCUGCGUAUGCUAUAUUGUCUCCUUGGAAGACUGUAUUUGAUUCUGAUAGUUGGCAACAACUUAUGCACCGUUUUAUUGUACCAAAGCUGAAGACUGUCUUGCAAGAUGAAUUCCAAGUGAACCCGGCAAGUCAGAAUCUCGAUCAAUUUUAUUGGGUAAUGAAUUGGGCUUCGGCCAUUCCAAUUCAUAUGAUGGUUGACACGAUGGAGACCUUCUUUGCCAAGUGGCUUGCGGUUUUGUAUCAUUGGUUGUGCUCAAAUCCUAACUUUGAUGAAGUUACGAAAUGGUAUUUGGGCUGGAAAGAACUUAUUCCAAAAGAACUGUUGGCCAAUGAAAGCAUUCGAUACAAGCUCAAUAGCGGUCUUGAAAUGAUGAACCAGGCUGUUGAUGGUAUGAAAGUGGCGCAACCUGGUUUGAAGGAGAAGAUAAGCUAUAUUAAGGUAAGCGAGCAGAGGAAAUUUGAGACUCAGCAGAAAGCAGCAGCCUCUGCUCAACAACAGGCUGCUGCAAACUUGGGCGGUGCUGUCAAUUCAGAUGGUGUUAGUGAAAUGAGUGUGAAAGAACUCAUUGAGGCCUAUGCUCGGGAUCACGGUUUGCUGUUCAAACUUAAACCUGGUAGAAUGCACAACGGUCAUCAAAUAUAUGGGUUUGGCAAUGUCAGCAUAAUAAUCGACUCUCAAAAUCUAAAGGUCUACGCCCAAAAUGAGGAAACAUGGUCUUUAGAAACUCUUGAACGAUUGCUAGAGUUACAUAAUAAGUCUCUCAGUAAAAGACGUUGA